CUUCUUAAAACCCAGAGGCCAAAAGCCAAAACCCUGCCGCGACUUUGGAGCUGCGAGUUUUUAGGUUUAAAUCGUAAGGGACAGAUUACAGAUACAUGGGGAAGAACAAGAACAGGAUGAAGCAUGAAGCCGGUGGUAGCCAGCAUAGUCCGGCUACCGUUUUCGUUGCCAAUUUACCCUACACUUUCUCUAACCCACAGCUGGAGGAAACAUUCAGCGAUGUUGGACCAAUUAGGCGGUGUUUCAUGGUUACACAGAAAGGAUCAACUGUACACCGUGGAUUUGGUUAUGUUCAAUUUGCUGUGACUGAAGAUGCUACACGUGCAAUUGAGCUGAAAAAUGGUGCAUCAGUAGGAGGUCGCACCAUUGGAGUUAAACAUGCAACACAUAGGGCUCCUCUUGAGCAAAGGAGAUCUAAAGGGACUGAAGUGCUCCCUUCUGAUGAUACCAUCAAGGGAAAAGACCAUGAGGAUGAUGUCACUAAUGAAGUUAUCAAGACAAAAGAUGUUAAAGAUGCUUCAGUAGUUAACUCUGAUGAUGUCAUCAAGAAAAAAGAUGACAAGGAUGAUUUAUCAGCACCAAUAGUAGAGCAUAAACAAGCCCCUGAUUCCCAAGAAAAAGUCAAAAUCAAGAAGCAGAAGAAGAAAGAUGUGAUCAAGAACAUUGAUGACAAGGAUGAUUUGUCAACACCAGUAGUAGAGCAUAAACAAGCUCCUGAUUCUGAAGAAAAAGUCAAAAUCAAGAAGCCAAAGAAGAAAGCUGUGGUCAACAACAAUGAUGACAAGGAUGAUUUGUCAGCACCAGUAGUAGAACAUAAACAAGCUCCUGAUUCUCAAGAAAAAGGCAAAAUCAAGAAGCCAAAGAGUAAAGCAGUGAUCCCUUUGAAAACUGAACGUGUAGAAGGAAUUUCUUCAGAAAAACAGAGGGUUGCUAGGACAGUUGUAAUUGGUGGGCUCCUCAAUGCUGACAUGGCAGAGGAGGUUCACAGUAUUGCUAAGGAGUGUGGCUCAGUCUCUUCCAUAACUUACCCUCUUCCUAAAGAUGAAACAACACAUCAUGGGCUUUUUCAAGAUGGAUGCAGAUUAGGAUCUUCAUCUAUAGUUUACACCAGUGUCAAAUCAGCUCGUGCUUGUGUGGCAAAAUUACAUCAACAAAAUUUAAAUGGAGGCACAGUUUGGGCUAGACAAUUAGGUGGAGAAGGUUCCAAGGUACAGAAAUGGAAGCUUAUAAUAAGAAAUCUUCCUUUUAAGGCGGAUGUUAGUGAGAUAAAAGAAAUGUUUUCAGCAGCUGGGUUUGUAUGGGAUGUGUAUAUUCCCAAAAAACCUGAUUCAGGGCUAUCGAAGGGAUUUGCAUUUGUCAAAUUCACCUGCAAGCAGGAUGCAGAAAAUGCAAUCCAAAAGUUUAAUGGUAAAAAUUUAGGUAAAAGGCCAAUUGCUGUUGAUUGGGCUGUUCCAAAAAAUGUAUAUACAGCUGGUAUUCAAGAUACUCUAAAAGAUGAACAGAAAGAAAGUGAUGAUGAGGAUUCUAGUACUGAUUUGGAGGACAAUGAUAAGGAAACAGACAAUGCAAAUGUUCCGGAAGCUUCCAAUUCAGAUUCAGAUUCAGAUUCAGAUUCAGAAGUAAAUUUUGAUGAAGAAGCAGAUGUUACACAAAAAGUUCUAAAUAACUUUCUUUCUUCAUCAAAUGAACCUAUGGAUUCUAUCAUUGAUGAUCAUAUUUCUCCCCAAAAGAAACAAAAAGAUGAAGCAAACAACAAAACACUUACAACACCUAAAAACAUUCCACAUGUAUCAAAACCUGAAAACUCAACAAAAUUUGAAAAAAAAAUCAAAACUCCUGAAGAGGAAGAAGAAGAUUUACAAAAAACUCUCUUUAUCUCCAAUCUUCCAUUUGAUGUUACAAAUGAGGAAGUAAAGCAACGAUUUGCAGGAUUUGGUGAAGUCCAAUCCUUUGUUCCUGUUCUUCAUCCAAUCACCAAGAGACCAAGGGGAACUGGAUUUCUAAAGUUUAAAACUGUUGAGGCAACCGAUUCUGCUUUUUCAGCAUCAACUGUAGCUGAUUUGGGCAUUAUUUUAAAAGGAAGACAAUUAAAAGUUUUAAAAGCUUUAAAUAAAAAAGCAGCUCAUGAUAAAGAAGUAGAAAAGACAAAAAAGGAAGAACAUGAUCACCGUAAUCUCUACUUAGCUAAAGAAGGUCUUAUUGUUGAAGGUACUCCAGCUGCUGAAGGUGUUUCAGAUAGUGACAUGUCAAAACGCCGAUCGUUGGAGCAAAAGAAGGCAACGAAGCUUCAAUCACCGAACUUCCAUGUUUCAAGGACAAGACUGAUCAUGUACAAUGUACCAAAGUCAAUGAAUGACAAACAACUAAAAAGACUUUGUAUAGAUGCAGUUACAUCACGUGCCACAAAACAAAAACCCACAAUCCGACAGAUUAAGUUAUUGAAGGAUUCCAACAAAGGAAAAGAAGUUUCGAAGAAUCAUUCUCGUGGUGUUGCUUUUAUCGAGUUCACAGAACACGAACACGCACUUGUUGCUCUUAGAGUUCUCAAUAAUAAUCCUGAAACUUUUACUCGUGAGCAUCGACCAAUUGUCGAAUUUGCCCUCGAUAAUAUUCAAACAUUGAGGCAACGAAACGAGAAGAUUGAAUCUCAACAGCAAGGAUUUGGUAACAAUACAGAAAACAAAGUAAAAAAUACGGAUUUUCAAAAACCACCCUUUGACCGGUCAAACCACAAUUUAAAUAAGCGCAAACCCCAAGCUACAAUGUCAAAAGUGGAAACCGAAAAACCCGCUAAGAAACAAAAGGAACAUAUGGAGGUCCAACAAGAAGGAAAAAAACCGAAAAGUGGCGGUGCCGCCUUCGAGCGGCCACCUCCGGUGGCCGAUGUUCACCGGAAAAAGAGGCUGAGGGACCAGAAAGAGGCGGCGGUGGGUGAAGAUUUGGGUUCAAAAAGAAGGAAAAAUAAAGACCCGUUAGGGCAAGACACAACGGAUAAACUCGAUAUGCUUAUUGAACAAUACCGGUCAAAAUUUUCCGGUAACCGGACCACCAAAAGUGGCGGUGAAAACGACGGGCCCAGGCGGCUCGGGCGGUGGUUUCAGUCAUAGUUAGUCAAAAGAGAAUUUUAUUGGUUAUGUUAGAUUUUACUAUCUGUUUGAGUUGAAUUUGGAACAUUAAUGAUGAUGAGUGAUGACCCUUGAAUUGAGGCUGGUUUUAGUGUUGGGACCAUUUUGGUUGGUUGGGCCACUGUUGUGAAUGGUCACACAUAGUGGGUGUAAGCAUGUGUUUUGCAUUUAGUAGUUGUAUUAAAUUAAAUCAUCUUAAAUGCCGAAAGUAUAAGUAUUUGAUGCAUGAGAA